AACAUUUUUUUGCAGAAUUUUAUUUUUUCAAGAAGCUUCUCUCCAAGUUUGCUUUUUCUUCCCUCUCUUGGUUUAUAGGAAAUCCUCCUCUCCAGAUAAUUCUCAGUCUUUUCCAUUUUUUCUCUAAUAACCCUUUCCCUGAGUCCCCAUAAGGCCCAGGCCUCGGAAUGCUGUCCGCUGUUGUCUUCAUUUACAUGUUCUCUGUUGGCAGCGUCAGUCACCGCAUCAUCAUGGAGAUCUACUGGCCACAGCAGGCCAGGGACCAUGCUGGAUAAUGAUACAAAGAUCCGUGGUAGACAAUCUGCCUAGUCCUUCUGAGACCACAUACUCUGUAGAGCAGUUUUUCUUUUUUCUCCUAGUCCAGUUUCCAAGUACCUGAACUGCAGUCCGUGAUUCUGCAGGUGAUCAAUUCUUGAGUGGUAUCACAUGAGUUUAUGAAGGCAUCCUACCCAGCACCUAAUGACUCUAAGCUCCUCUAGCUUGAUUGGUUGUCUGGAUGAGGAGUUUCCAAUCCCGGGGUAGACAGAAAGACGUCUCUGCUCUGCAUGAAUAUUUGACGGAGUGUGUGUGGCCAAGCCCCGUUCUAAAGAGGUGAAGAUUUUCCUGUCUCGUUUGUUUUCUUCCAGAAUGAGUCCUAGCUGGGUUCCCUGGGUGGUGGCCUUCUUAUCCACGGUUCUCAGGCUGGAUGCUUCUGUGACUCAGGGCAGAGAUUCUCCAGAAGAUUUUGUGACCCAGGCAAAGGCUGACUGUUACUUCACCAAUGGGACAGAGAAGGUGCGGUUUGUGGUCAGAUUCAUCUUUAACCUGGAGGAGUAUGCACGUUUCGACAGCGACUUGGGGAUGUUUGUGGCCUUGACGGAGCUGGGGAAGCCUGACGCUGAGCUGUGGAACAGUCGGCCGGAUAUACUGGCGAGGAGCAGAGCCUCUGUGGACAUGCUCUGCAGACGCAACUACAAGCUGGGCGCACCCUUCACCGUGGGGAGGAGAGUACAGCCAGAGGUGGCAGUGUAUCCGGAGAAGGCCCCAGCCCUGCAGCACCACAGUCUGCUGCUUUGCUUGGUGACGGGUUUCUACCCAGGGGACAUCGAGGUCACCUGGUUCCGGAAUGGGCAGGAACAGAGAGAGGGGGUCAUGUCCACUGGCCUCAUCAGGAAUGGAGACUGGACCUUUCAGACGACGGUGAUGCUGGCCAUGAUGCCUGAGCUUGGGGAGGUCUACACCUGCCGUGUCAACCAUCCCAGCUUGCCGAGCCCUGUUUCUGUGGAGUGGAGAGCUCAGCCUGAAUAUUCUUGGAGAAAGAUGCUGGGUGGAGCUGCAGCCUUCCUGGUCGGGCUAGUCUUCUUUUUGGUGGGAAUUGUCAUCCACAUCAGAGCCCGGAAAGGACGUGUGGUGACUCCGUUGCUUGGCAAUGAGGUCCCAAGAGCAGUGCUUCCGCCACAGUCGCACUAGGUUCUAACUGAUGCUUCUCCCCCGAGGGCCUGAAGAGCGAUCAGGUGGCCCUGGACCAAGUGAGGGAUGCUGUGAGGUCAAUGUUCGGGGUGACUCAUUCUGUGAGACCUUGGAGGAGUCCUUAACUAACUCUGGAGGGCUGCCUUCUGAGAUCACACAUCUCUCACCCUCCUGCCCUUCGUCCUCCUCCUUGUCUACAUGAGUCCUUGUUUCCGAGGACACUGCCCAGAAAUUCCCCCAAGACUUAGCUCCUUCCAGCCCCAGAUGGUCCAGCCCUAACUAUUUGAGUCGUGGUCUUCAACUUUCUCUCCUCCAAAGGCAGCCCCACAGUCUUCAGAACUCAAGUAUUCAGAUAGUCACUGCUUCCUUUUCAUUGUUUUCUGUUUGUUUUUGGCCACACUGUGAGGCCUGCGGGAUCUCAAGCGCCGUGACCAGGGAUCAAACCUGUGCCCCCUGCAGUGGGAGUGAAGAAUCAUAAUCCUGGAGCAUCAGAGAAGUCCCAUUUUCAUUGAUUUUUAAAGUCUUUUUUUUCCUUUAAAAUAAAACCGAGAUACCAACAACCA